AUGUACAAGUAUCUUAUGAUAUAUAUUUCAAGUUUUGAAGCUCUCUACUCCUUUUGGAUGUGGUUACUGUACCGAUGGUUCAUUCUUAUAAAGUGGCAUUUGUCGUUUUUCGAACAUUCAAGAAUUCGUACUUUGACCACAAUAAUUCCUCUAAUCCUCAUUUACAUCCCGAUUGCAAUCCUGUUCAUUUUCCCAAUGAUUGCUGUUGAUAUUGGAUUUGCAAGCAGUUUCAUUGCUAUGACAAUUGCCGUUUUCACAGCAAUCGAUCCUCUUCCUAACAUUUUUAUUAUCAAGAACUAUAGAAAAUCUGUUUUUGCCUUCUUCGCAGCCAUCUGUUGUAAUGGCGCGUCCAAAGUUGAUUUCCAAGAGUAA